CCUUUUGCCCUCGGCGCGGCGUCGCAGUCAACGGAUGUAACGUAGAGUCGGUUGCUUGGAUGAAGGCGGUGCUAGCGGUGCCCAAGCAGCAGGGCCUCGCCUUUGUGGGUGUAGAAAGAGAAGAUGGCUCCCGUUCUGGAAAAACAGCUCCCGGGUGCAGCCGGACCGGGCGACAAUAACAAGGAAUACGAAGAAGGACAAACCCUUUGGUCCUCCAUACUUAGUGAAGUUUCAACCAGGUCGACUUCAAAGUUGCCAUCAGGAAAAAAUAUCCUGGUAUUUGGUGAGGAUGGAUCAGGAAAAACGACACUUAUGGCCAAACUUCAAGGAGCUGAACACAACAAGAAGGGGAGAGGACUGGAGUAUCUUUACUUGAGCGUCCAUGAUGAAGACCGAGAUGACCUGACUCGCUGUAAUGUGUGGAUCUUGGAUGGAGACCUGUACCAUAAAGGCCUACUAAAGUUCGCUGUCACACCUCAGUCGCUACCUGGCUGCCUGGCUGUGCUUGUUGCGGACAUGUCGCGCCCCUGGACCAUUAUGGAGUCAUUGCAGAAGUGGGCCAGUGUGCUCCGUGACCACUUGGACAAGCUAAAGAUUCCUCCGGAGGACAUGAGAGAGAUGGAGCAGAGGAUGGUAAAAACCUUUCAAGAGUACACAGAACCAGAGGAUGCCACCCCAUCCUCCCCACGGCGGGCCCCGACAUCAGGGGAAGACGAGGCCGUUGUGCUGCCACUCGGGGACAACACACUCACACACAACUUGGGCAUUCCAGUGCUAAUAGUUUGCACAAAGUGUGAUGCAGUCAGCGUACUUGAGAAGGAGCAUGACUUCAGAGACGAGCACUUUGACUUCAUCCAGUCCUGCAUCAGACGAUUCAGCCUACAUUAUGGUGCUGGCCUGAUCUACACUUCAGUCAAAGAGGAGAAGAACGUGGAUCUGCUCUACAAAUACAUAGUACACAAGCUGUAUGACUUCCAGUUCGUCACACCUGCCUUAGUGGUGGAGAAGGAUGCAGUAUUCAUUCCGUCUGGAUGGGAUAAUGAGAAGAAAAUUGGAAUUUUGCACGAAAACCUCACAACAGUCAGACCAGAAGAUCCGUUUGAAGAUUUCAUCACUAAGCCUCCAGUUCGAAAGUUGGUUCAUGACAAAGAGAUAAAUGCAGAGGAAGAACAAGUAUUCCUGAUGAAGCAGCAGUCUUUGUUAGCAAAGCAGCCAGCAACACCAACAAGAGGAGCAACAGAGUCUCCUGGAAGGACAGCCUCAGGGUCUCCUAGGCCAGCAGGUCGGGCCGGUCAGCCAAGUGCAACCAGCUCACCAAUGGCUUCUGUCAAAAAGCCUGACCCUAACAUGAAAGCUGGGGCUGCUAAUGAAGGAGUUCUGGCCAACUUCUUCAACAGUCUGUUGAGUAAAAAGACUGGAUCCCCAGGAAGCCCGGGAACUGGAGCAGUUGGAGCUGGAGUUCAAGGAUCUGCCAAGAAAACAGGGCAGAAGCCGGGUUUGACUGACGUCCAAGCCGAGUUGGACAGGAUGACUCGCAAACAAGACCCCGUGGUUUCAGCUAACAACAUAUCGCCAACAGAGAACGAAGCGUGAAGGCAACAAAAACGGCUGCGUCGUCCACUGCAUUAAUAUUCUGGAAAAAUAUAUGUACAUGUGAGCAUAAAAAAAAAAAUUGACCAAAUUCCCAGCGCCUGUAUCAGUCAGCACACACUGUCACAGUUUCACCAAAUGAGCUUCAGAUGCGAUCAGACGGUGAGAUGGGAUGAGAGAAAACACUGAUGGCUCUCUUAAUGAGAUGAGGAGGUGCAGAGGGCUUGGCUUUAUUUCUGUCUUCUCUUCAACUGUAAAUGCUAUUUUGUGAGGGAUGUCAGUUAAUGAAAAUGUGUGCACACUCCCUGGCAGUCAGCCCGAUGCGCUGGGCUGCAGGCCCCCCGGUUUCUGGGGUAAAACUCUGUCCUUCCGGGUUCUGAAGAGUGAAAACAUAAUCGGCCUUGUGGCCCCCUGGUUCAGCUUAUCUCAUGGGAGGAAUUUGGUUUGCAAUUGGAAAGGAAUUUAAAUGUUAAGAAAAGUAAGAAAAACUUGCAAAUAUAUGUAAAAAAAAAAAAUGUUGGAUAUGAUACUGAUGUAUUUAUACAAAUUUCCUCCAUUUUUAUUUUCUGCACCAUUUCUUGGUUUAGGAAAACAUUUACCUGUAUCACAUAACAUGUUAAAAAGUCACUGACAUCAUGACACUAAUAUGACAUGUCCACACAGCUGAUAUCAUAUCAUCUGCCCUGCUCACCUCGAAGGAUUUUGUGAUAUAAAAGCAUACACACAAUAUUCAGGUUAACUUAAUUUUGUACAAAAAAUGCGUUUCUGUCCAAAUAGUGAAAAUAGCUCCUUUGACUAAAUGAAAGUGGAUAAGAUUUCUGACAGGCUUAGAGGUUGCAGCAGAGUUGCUUCUUUAGCUAAAGGUUUGUAUAUUUAGGGAGGGGGUUGGGCAGCAUCUUUCCUACUAUAACUCCUAAGUGCCUCGCACAGUUAGUCGUUUGUGUCGUAGUAGAGGUGCUUGUCUACACUAGAGGAAAUGCACUGUAGCACCACUGGUUCUAACGCUUCUGUUCUUUUUUUUUUUUUUUUUGUCCCCCAAAUAAUUUAUUUUUGUUUUUGUUUUUUGGGCGUUUUUUUUGUGAGUGUACAAAAACCUCUGUUCUGUUUAUUUUUCAGAAAUAAGCUUUCUGUGGCCUCUUUAAUAACGUUUAAUAGAGUAAAUGCCUUCAAGUGUACUGGCUGCUUAUAUCAAGAAGGAAAACGGUGAGAGCGACCAUGGCUGAAACCGUGAUUCGCAGCCAACAUACAUUCAGUUCUAUGCUGUGCUUUGAACAAAACAAAGAUAUCCUAUCCUUCAGUGAUGGACAGCACUUUUCCUCCUCUGGUUUCACGUUUUCUUCACGCUGUACUCUGCAUGUCAGUUAAAAACAUUCCCGUUUUCUACGUGAGGUCGGAGAAACAAACACAUCCCUGUAGGAAACCUGUUUGUCCAGUUGGGUCUUUUUGUUGCUUUAGUCCCCAUUUAAAGUGACAAGCUUUUGCCUUCAAUGUACAGCUAACAGUUUGUCGCACUACUUUGUGUGUCCUUAAGGGGUGGCUUGAUUUUUCUUCUGUCAUUAAUGUUUUGAUAUUUGACUCGCAGCAGGUAUUCUGUACCAUAUCAUAAAAUCUGUAAGUUUUCUAGUUUGUUACCAUAAUCCAAAUGAAUUUAGCACCAACUCCUUAUGCAAGGCCCUGCUUAAUCCUAUGGAUAAUAUCCAGUGUGGAGUGGCUUUUACAGAAUUACAGUCUGGGGAAAGCAGCUGUUUGCUACUAAAGUGAGGCGAAGGGGAUGAAUGAACUGGUGGGAACUGGAACUUGUAACCAAAGAUGAAUAUCAGUCACUACUUUCUGCAUUUGUAUGUCUUCCAUUAGAUUAACCAGUGGCCUUUUUCUGCUACUCUUGCAUGAAGCUUUUGCAUUCCACACAUCAGACCUGCCUUUAAACCAUUAACACUCUGGAAAGUGUUGGGAAAAGUGUUUUGGGGGGAAAAAAGGGGCUCUCCAGUAUUUUGUUGCUGUAGAUUUAUAAAAAAACAAAUCUCUGUAAGCCACCUAAAGAAAAAACGUUUGGCCAACAGGGUUUAACUUUUUAUUUACGUAAUUCCGAACUGUAAGGGAAAAUCAAAAUUAUUACUUUGGUCAGCAGUCUGCUUUUUGCAUUACCUGAAUCAUCAUGAUUAACUACUUUAUUUUUACUUUGCUAAAGAUGAAGCUCUUAAGGUUUGUUUUUUGUCUAUAGUUGGACUGGAUGAAGCACAAUUUAUGAUCAACCAGAAGCAGCUGUCACAUGGUAAAUAAGCACUUCUCUCAAGAUAUUUAUAGAAGUUUCCCAUCUCUUUUUAUUUAUUUUUUUAUCUAAAGAUUAGAGUAAAUCCCCCUUUUAGAAAAACGGGUAAAGAAGUAGGUAGUUGUUAAAUGGGAUACCUUGAACUUGAUGAAAAGUACAUUUUCUGGUUUUUGCUCAUGACUUCCCCCUUGUGUUUACUUUUAGUUGAGCAUGUUUUUCCCCCAAGUAAGGGUUUUGCCUUUCUGAGUUUUCAGUUUUAAACGGAUGCCUCUACCCUGACUGAACACCCUGAUUUGUUUUGAUGAUACACGGCCACGCCGGCAUAAUUUAGGCAUUUAUCUGAGUGGACUGAAAUGCUCUCAUGCUGCUUGGUGUCAAAGUCGCACCUAUUCUUUGUUGGAAAUUACUUGUCGCUUCGACCAUUUCAAAGAAAAUUAAGAGAAAUUCACUUUUGUACUCCGAUGUGAGCGGAAAUCAGCUGCCUCGUCACAUCCUAACUGAAUGGCCUUCAACCACUAUUGACUGUCUACAUCUAUGCGAGACUAUAAGCUUCUGCUUCCAGUCCUUUUAUAUUCAAGAUAUCAAUACAUUUUUAAGCACAUGGCUGGCUCUUUUGUGUCCUGGAAUAAUUCAGAAGGUUGAUUGUAUAUUGUCUUUAACACAAUUCUGUAGCCUCCAAGCUGCCAUGUGGAACGUAGCUUCUUAUGCUGACAAAGAUAAGGAAAAUGUUUAUCAAACCCCUGGCUUCAAUAAAACCAAGAAUCCAA